AUGAAUGUUUACAUUGUAGAUAUUGAAUCUAGAUUAGAUUUAAGAUCAUGGGGACUUCCUGAACCAGUAUUGAAGCACUAUGCUAAAGUUGGUGUCACUAAAAUGUUUGAAUGGCAGGCUGAAUGUCUGUGUACUGUUGGAGUGUUAGGUGGAUCUAAUUUGGUAUAUUCAGCUCCGACUAGUGCUGGUAAAACUAUGGUAGCUGAACUAUUAAUAUUAAAACAAGUCUUAGAAAAUAAAAGGAAAGCACUAUUUAUUUUACCAUUUGUAUCAGUUGCUAGAGAAAAGAUGUUUUCCUUACAGAAACUAUAUCAAGAUGCUGGUAUACGUGUGAGUGGUUUUAUGGGUAGUUAUAAUCCACCAGGAGGCUUCAGUAAUAUAGAUGUUGCUGUGUGUACUAUAGAGAAAGGCAACAGUUUGAUUAACAGAUUAUUACAAGAAGAUAGACUCAAAGAACUUGGAACAAUAGUAAUAGAUGAAUUACAUAUGGUAGGUGAUUCUGGUAGAGGUUAUUUACUAGAGCUAUUAUUAACUAAAAUAUGUUAUGUUGCUAAAAAGAGAAAAGAAGAGAGCAAAGGUGCAGAAAACGUUCAAGAAAAACCAGUUCAAAUUAUUGGCAUGAGUGCCACUUUACCGAAUUUACCCCUACUAGCCAAAUGGUUGAAUGCCGAGUUGUAUGUAACUAACUACCGACCAGUACCGUUAGCAGAAUGUGUUAAAGUAGGUCAAACAGUGUAUGAUAAUAAUCUAGAGAAGAAAUUUGAAGUAAAUAAAGACUAUAUAGUACCUGGUGAUGAUGAACAUUUAAUACCAUUGUCAUUACAAACAGUACUCAACUGUCAUUCUGUCCUCAUAUUCUGUCCAACAAGAAGCUGGUGUGAAAAACUAUGUGAAACUAUUGCUAGAGAAUUCUAUAAUAUCAAGCGAUGCUAUCUUAGUGCACCGAAUAUGUCUGAUUUUCUCCUCUUACCAUUGGAUUAUAAUGCAUUAAAUGAUGUGCGUGAACAACUACAGAGAACUCCUACAGGGUUAGAUAAUAUACUUGGUAAAACAGUACCUUAUGGUGUGGCUUACCAUCAUGCUGGAUUAACCUUUGAAGAAAGAGAUAUAAUAGAAGGUGCGUUCAGACAAUGUCAAAUAAAAGUGCUAGUUGCUACAUCUACCUUGUCGUCUGGUGUCAACCUUCCAGCCAGGAGAGUUAUUAUACGUACACCUAUAUUUCAUGGUCAAGUUAUUGAUACUCUGGUCUAUAAACAGAUGGUAGGAAGAGCUGGUAGAAAAGGUGUCGACACAGAAGGUGAAAGUAUAUUGAUAUGUAAAGAAUCAGAAAAGAAGAAAGUAUUAGGAUUAUUAGAAACUAAACUACCACCUGUUUCAAGUUGUUUAAUAAAAGAUAAUGAAUUAAGUACAAGUUUUAAGCGAGCUGUUCUCGAGGUUGUAGCUAGUGGAGUAGCUCAGUCACCUAAUGAUGUAGGAGAGUAUGUAGCUUGUACUAUGUUAUCAGCUUCACUGGAGAAUGGUCCUUCAGAAACAACCUCCACUCUUAUAGAUAGCUGUUUAGAUUUUUUACAGGAUAAUGAAUUUGUUACUCUCAAGAAAAAUACUGAAGGUGAAGAUAGAUUUAUUCCUAGUCAACUAGGUAUAGCUGUAUUAGCAUCAGCUCUAUCACCAGAUGAAGGUUUAGUGGUUUUUGCUGAUUUACAGAAAGCUAGAAAAUGUUUUGUGUUAGAAAGUGAAUUACAUGUCAUAUUUUUGGUAACACCAAUUUAUUCCCAAGAAAUAGCAGGUAAUAUAGACUGGUACCAGUUUUAUGGUAUGUGGGAGAACAUGGCGCCAGAUAUGAGAAGAGUAGCAGAAUUAGUUGGUGUGGAAGAAUCAUUUAUUUGUAGAGCUAUUCGAGGAAGAAUUUUGACCAAAACAACCCAACAGAUGCGAGCUGUGGCCAUUCAUAAACGAUUCUAUACAGCUCUGGUACUUCAUGAACUAGUAAAUGAAAAACCUUUGAAUGAUAUUAUUAAGAAGUACCAUUGUAAUAAAGGACAGUUGUCUUCUCUGCAACAGACUGCAGCUACAUUUGCAGGAAUGGUCACAGUAUUUUGUGGUAAACUAGGCUGGCAUAAUUUAGAAUUAAUACUUGGACAGUUCCAAAAUAGAUUAACAUUCGGUGUUCAGCGUGAACUGUGUGAUUUAGUUCGUAUAACAGCUCUUAAUGCUCAACGUGCUAGAUGUUUAUAUAAUGAUGGAUAUCAAACUGUAGCUUCCUUAGCCAAUGCUGAUCCCAACUCGGUGGAAAAUGCCUUCUUACAAUCAAUGGCUUUUCAAAGUAAUAAAACUCAAGAAGGAGAGAGUGAAUGGGAAGCUGAAAAACGUAGACAGUGUCGCUGUAUAUAUUUAGGAGGUAGGAAAGCUGUGACUAUUAUGGAAGCAGCCAUGACAGUUGUUGAUGAAGCUAAAACUAUCAUUCAAGAAGAACUUGGAGGUGUAGGAAUACAAUGGGCUGGACCGAGCAAUGCACUGAAUAUAACUUCAAACAAAGUGAAUCAAAGUUUCAGCUUCAUCACACCAACAGGCAGAGCAAGAUCUUCAAAAAAGAAGGCAGAAUCAAGUAGUGGUAAAAAGGGAAGAAAGGGACGACGAAAGAAAAAUUUAAUUACAUCUCCUUCUUCCCAAGAUGAUAAAGAUGUGAUUAAGAAAAUAGUGUUGAGUCCGCCAGAAUCUUACAUACGAUCUCGAAACAGUUCUUUUAAUACAUCAGCACUUUCUGACUCUAGUCUUGGUGCCAUUCCUGCCAGCAAACGUGAAUCUCUUUCAAUCUCCAAAAUUCAGGAAGGCAUGGAUAUGAUAAUGAAUGACGAUUCAUUUGACAUUUCUGUUUCUCAUGUUAAACCUGACAAUGCUUUAAUACAUUCCAAACAAUUGAUCUAUGAAUUGAACAAUAAGCCAGUCGUGAAUGCUCUAACACCAAAAAUACAAAACAAAAUUCAGCAGAAGGCUGGAAAUAUCACUCCUAUAGCUGAAAGUGCAAUUCAUUUUAAAAGCACAAGUACUCCUAAUUUUCUAGAUAGUGUUGAUAAUGCUAAAAAGUUCAGUGCUCCAAAUUUAGAUGUUCCUCAAGACAAACCACAUACGCGAAAGAGCAAAAUGCGUAAGAAUGAUAAUACUAACAGUUCUAUGAGUGAUAGCUCAAUUCAUAAUGCUAGUAGUGAGAGUGAUGUGGUACCUCCAACCCCACCUGAUCAAAAAUCAUUAGUUAUGUCCCCUUGUUUAAGGAAGUCUCUUAGAAAAAGCCAUUUAGAAUCACCUCAUAAGGCACAAAAGGAAAGGACACCUGUUUCUAAGAGAAAACAAUCUCAGAAUUCAUCCAUGAUCAAAGAAAAUCACUUUUUAAGGUCGUCUGCCGCUAACAAUGGAAGGAAACCUGAAGUUACUGAGCAUGACAAUGCAUACUGUGGUGGUGACAUUAGCCUUGAUGUAUCCAAAACAACACAAACUCAACAAUAUUUCAGUAUUAUAGAUGUUUGCUCAAGUUAUGCCUUAUUUCAAACUUUCAUUAAAGAAUGGAAGACAAAAAAACGGUUUUCCUUAUGUGUGGCUUGUGAGCCGAAACCGAAGAAAUCUAUUACUACUGGUUUGAUUGGACAAAAUUUUCACAAUCAUAAAGGAUCAAGUAAUAUAAGAGGUGAAGAUAUAGAUAAUGAUGAUAGAUUAGUUGUUGGUUUAGCUGUAUCAUGGGAAAACAGAGAUGUUUAUUAUAUAGCUUUAUCAAAAUCUAAUUUAACAGAAGACCCAAAUGAUACCCUGCUAGCUUUUUCAUUGGAUCAAAACAUUUCAUUACAAGAUAAACUAAAAGCUGUAAAAGAUGUUAUGGAUAAUCCUGACUCCACCUGGGUAGCCUUUGAUAUCAAGUCUCAAUUCAGUGUUAUCGUGCGAGGAUGUGGUGUAGUACCAAAAACAAAACUUGAAGAUCCGAAAAUUGGUAACUGGUUAUUUGAUCCUGAUGCUAAGGAGAAAAAUCUACAUGGUUUAGUAACAAAUUCACUACCUCAAGAUGUGAUCUUACUGGAAAGUAUUGGAGGUUGUAGUGGUACUGGAAGUCUAGGACUACUGCCACAUACUUCAAUCACAGGUCGAUUCCGAGCCAGUACAGAAAGUGUUCUAGCUAUCAAGCUAAUGGAUUAUUUUAAAGAAAAGCUGAAAUCUGAAAAUUUACUUGGAACAUUCCAAGAUGUUGAGAUGCCUUCAAUAAUUACCCUCACUAGAAUGGAACUCAAUGGUUUUGGUUUUAGUGAUGAAGAGUGUGAACAUCAAAAGAAAUUAAUGUCAGCUAAAUUAUCUCAAUUAGAAUCUGAUGCCUAUAAAUUAGCUGGUCAUCCAUUUUCUUUAACAUCUACAGACGACAUAGCUCAGGUUUUGUAUUUAGAGCUUCAUCUUCCCGUAAAUGGGGACCCAAAUGCUCAACAGAUCAAAACACUCGGACCAAAUAGAAGAUCUGUCAAACGGCGUGCCAAACCUCAAUACAGCACAGCUAAAGAUGUCUUAGAAAAGCUGAAGACAUAUCAUGCACUUCCAGGAGUGAUAUUAGAAUGGCGCCGAAUAUCAAUGACUCUAACUAAACAAGUGUUUCCCUUACAAAGAGAGAGGAUAUAUUGUGAACGAGUAUUGAUGAAUAGAAUAUUUGGUGUCUGUCAGUUCCAUACAUCAACUGGUCGAGUCAGUAUGAGAGAACCUAACAUACAAAACAUUCCCAAAGAUUUUCAGAUUGAUGUUCCUGACGCUCUUGUAGAGAAUGGAAGGAAAAACAGUAGUAUAAAGGAACAAGUUGCUGUUAGUAUGAGACAUACUUUUACACCAUAUAAAGGCUGUGUGAUGCUAGCAGCAGAUUAUUCACAGUUAGAAUUAAGAGUUAUAGCUCAUCUAUCAAAUGAUAAGAAAUUAAUAGGAAUAUUGAAUAGUAAUCAAGAUGUAUUUAAACAAAUUGCUGGUCAAUGGUUGAAUUUAACACCUGAACAGGUUAGCACAGAACAGAGACAACAAGCUAAACAGAUAUGUUAUGGUAUGUUAUAUGGUAUAGGACCUAAAGCAUUAGGUGAACAAAUUGAUGUGGAUGAAAAUGAAGCUGGUGUUUUUAUGGAAACAUUUAAAUCAAAGUAUCCUGGGUUACGGAAGUAUCUACAAAGUACAGUAGAGAACUGUAAGAAAGAAUGUUAUGUUGAAACUAUAACUGGUAGAAAACGUCAUUUAUCUUCUAUAAAAUCAACUAAUAUACAUGCUAGAGCUCAGGCUGAAAGACAGGCAGUGAAUACAACUGUACAAGGUUCAGCAGCUGAUAUUGUUAAAAUAGCCAUGAAUAAUAUUGAUAGAAAAUUACAACAGCUGUAUCCUGAUACUCAAUAUCCUCAUAGUUAUAAAUAUACAGCAGGUAAGAAUGACCAGUUGCCUCAUGGAGCAUUUCUGUUGCUACAAUUACAUGAUGAGUUAAUAUAUGAAGUAUCUGAGAAUGAGGUGGACAAAGUUUCCAAACUCGUCAAACGUGAAAUGGAGAGUGCUAUUAAACUAUCAGUAAAACUUCAAGUUAAAGUAAAAACUGGCAAAACAUGGGCUAGUCUUGAAGAAGGUUGA